AUGGUAUUUUCCACUAUUUACAACGUUUUCUUCAAGAGAAAUGCCACUUUCGUAGGCACAGUUUUCGCUGCGUCGUUCGUGUUUCAAACCGCUUUUGACAGCGGCGUUACUUCGUGGUACGAGGCUCACAACAAGGGCAAGUUGUGGAAAGAUGUCAAGCUUAAGAUUGGUGAAUCCGGCGAUGACGAAGACGAUGACGACGAAUAA